AGCUUGCGAAGCUUCAUAAUCCGAUGGCGUUCAGGUGGACGAAUUAAGCUCAAAAACUGAGGAUUCAACAACAAUGGAGACGGAACUGAAAGAUUUUGGCUCCAAUAACCAUCGUCAAAUGGAUGAACCAGCCGACGAGCCUCGCGGCGAGGAUUCGGGCAAGGACGAGCGACCUUUGCUGAAAUCGGAUUCCAACUUGAGCUCUUCCCCUCCCUCUGCUGAGAAUUUACAGGAACUCGAGAAGAAAUACGCGGCUUACGUGAGAAGAGAUGCUUACGGGACGAUGGGGAGAGGGGAACUGCCUCUGUCGGAAAAAAUUCUGCUCGGAUUCGCACUUGUCACGCUCCUUCCGAUCCGUUUGAUUGUUGGAAUGGCUAUACUGAUACUCUACUCCUUGAUUUGCCAUUUCUGUACGCUCUUCACUGUCCCGAAUCGAGAGGAAGGACAGGAAAAUUAUGCUCAUCUGAGAGGGUGGAGAAGGGUCGUCAUUGUUCAUACUGGGAAGUUCCUCUCUAGAGCAUUGCUCUUCACGUUUGGUUUUUAUUGGAUUAGCGAGUCUUGUCGCAAUGCUGAUGCCGUGGAGAAAUUAACAGGCGAGAAUGACUGCAAUGAACAGCCUGGAGAAUCUAAAAGACCUGGGGCAAUCAUAUCAAACCACGUAUCUCAUUUGGAUAUUUUAUAUCACAUGUCUUCUUCCUUUCCCAGCUUUGUUGCUAAGAGAUCGGUGGCUAAACUUCCUUUUAUUGGUCUCAUGAGCAAAUGCCUUGGUUGUGUCUAUGUCCAGCGGGAAUCAAAAUCAUCUGACUUUAAGGGUGUUUCAGGUGUUGUGAUUGAAAGAGUUAAGGAAGCCCAUCAGAACAAAAAUGCUCCAAUGAUGUUGCUUUUUCCAGAGGGCACAACUACUAAUGGAGACUUCCUCCUUCGAUUCAAGACAGGUGCAUUCUUGUCGAAAUCCCCUGUGCUUCCUGUGAUCCUAAGAUAUCCUUACAAGAGAUGUAGUCCAGCCUGGGAUUCCAUAUCUGGGUUACGCCAUGUGAUUUUGCUUCUCUGUCAAUUUGUAAAUCACAUUGAGGUGACAAAGUUACCUGUUUACUACCCCUCAGAGCAAGAAAAGGAGGAUCCAAUACUUUAUGCUAAUAAUGUCCGAAAGUUAAUGGCUUGUGAGGGUAAUUUAGUAAUGUCAGAUAUUGGAUUGGCUGAGAAGCGAAUCUAUCAUGCUGCGCUCAAUGGUAAUAAUAGCCAACCUAGCGUUUUACAUCAAAAAGACGAUUGAAAAAAAUAGUUGGCCUCGCAAAUCAUUCCUAUUCACAGCUGGGUUUCUUGGUUCCUUUGUGUAUUUUCCCAUGGUUGCACAGCAAGGGGUGGUUUUCUCUACACCCAUUUAGUCAAACAUCAGUGUUCUAUUAUUGUGGUGUAAUUUUCAAAUUUCAUAAGUAAAAUCCUUUCUGAAAGUUUGAAUUUGGCUCCUGGUCCUUUAUUUAUGAAGUGUUCUUUAUGUUUUCCUUGUGUC